AUGUCGAGACCAUCUAGCGCACGUCUCCCCGUAGGGAACAAGGAUUUCACACAAGCGACGGUGGUCAUCAUUGGCGCAGGGAUAUCUGGAAUGUGUAUGGCCAUUGACUUGAUCAAACGAAAUAAAUGCCGGAACUUUGUCAUCCUCGAGAAAGGCAGUAGUGUUGGAGGGACUUGGAAUGACAACAAAUAUCCAGGCUGUUGCUGUGACGUCUGGAGUACUCUAUACAGCUACUCCUUUGAGCAGAAUCCGAACUGGACGAGAGACUAUCCCGGACAGGAAGAACUUCAUGCCUAUCUAGUCCGUACUGCUGAGAAAUAUGGACUCUAUAAACAUAUCCGAUUCAAUUCGACCGUUGAAGAAGCAAGAUGGAAUGACACUGAAUGCAAGUGGGAGGUUGGCGUCAAAGUGACAGGACAAAAGGAUAGCGAGUUCGCUGACUCCUACACCAUCAACUCCCAAUUCCUCAUCUCAGCGGUCGGUCAGCUUAACGCACCACAAGAACCAAAUAUCCCUUGCUUGCAUGAGUUUCAGGGGAAGAUGAUGCACACGGCUCGAUGGGACUGGAGCUAUGAUCUGAAGAACAAACGGGUAGCAAUUAUUGGCAAUGGUGCAACAGCGGCACAAAUUGUCCCUGAGAUUGUCACUGAGGUAUCACACCUCACAAUCUUCCAACGCACUCCAAACUGGGUCACUCCCCGACUUGAUGCACCCGUAUCUCCUCUUCAACAAGCUCUUUUAACCUACAUCCCCCCGCUCCGCUGGCGCAAGCGUUCUCUCCAGAUGGACUACCGUGAGACCUUUCAUGGUGCCAUUUUCGACAACGACUCCGCAUUCGCGCAGGGUCUCCGUGACUCCAGUACCAAUCACCUCAAGGCUCAGUUGGCCGAUCAUCCAGAGCUUUGGGACAAAUUAACACCGAACUACGCGCCUGGCUGCAAGAGAGUGAUCAUAUCCGAUGACUACUAUCCCGCGCUGGCACGCGACAAUGUCAAUCUAGAGACGCGACCAAUCACUCGUAUCACGGAACGAGGGAUUGAAGUCGAUGGUGAUGGCGAGCAAGAAUACGACCUUAUCAUACUGGCAACUGGAUUCAAGACUGUCGAGUUCAUGUACCCGAUUAAAGUAUUUGGUGCGAAUGGAAGGCCCCUUGAGGAGAUUUGGAAAGACGGUGCAAGGGCCUACAGAGGUGUGACUGUAGAGGACUUGCCAAAUUUUGGCAUGUUCUACGGUCCUAACACCAAUCUUGGACACAAUUCCAUCAUCCUUAUGAUUGAGGCUCAAUCUAGGUACCUGAAUGGCCUGGUCGCAGAAGUCAUGCGAGCUAAACAACAGGGACAAAAGCUAUCGCUUAAACCAACUCCUGAAGCGAUGAAAGAAUUCAACGAUAAGAUUCAGGCUAUACUGCGGGAUAGUAGUUUCGCAGACCCUAAUUGCAACAGCUGGUAUAAAAGAGCCGAUGGUGUCAUCACCAAUAACUGGUGCGGGACGGUCAUUGAGUACCAGGGAGAGCUUUCGCAGAUCCAAUGGGAAGACUAUAUUUCUGAUGGGUCUGGAAAGGACCUCAUGACUAAUAAGCGUCCCACGAACUUGGGACGUGUCAGGGAAGAGUCAUUUUUCACCAACAUGUCGCUACUUAUUGGCACUUUUGGCGCACUAGCUAUUGCUGGAGGUUACUUGGCUACCCGUCCUAAGCUCUUGAGGUCUCGGUGA